AUGACCACCCCAAAGCUUGGCGUCCUUCAACUGCAGACCACAUUCCCGCGACCGCCGGGAGACGUAUCAAACCCCGCUUCGUGGCCAUUCCCUAUCACUGUUGGCGUGGUCAAGGAGGCCACUGCGACCAAUGUGGUCGGCGGGACCUGGGGUCCAGAGUUGAUCGAUGCGUUUGUCCGUGAAGCCGAGAGGCUCCAGGGCGAGGGCUGUGUUGCGCUUGUGACCUCGUGUGGCUUCCUGGCUACCAUGCACCCGCAGCUGUCUGCUCGCGUGCCAUUCAUCGGCACCAGUGCGCUGCUCCAGGUCGCGUGGCUCCAGAAUACCUUCUACCCAGGCCAACAGCAUGCCGUUGGUGUCAUGACGUUUAAGAGAAGCGCCUUGCACCUCGUCAGCGUCGGUGCAGGUCCUGACACUCCCGUGGUGGGCAUGCCCGAAGACGACGACCCUGCUGCAGCUGUAUUUCGUGCUGUACUUGACGAGCGCGUGCCUUCUGCCAAGGCGCUCGUGGCUGCCAACCCUGGCCUCAAGGCCAUCGUUCUCGAAUGCACUAACAUGCCGCCGUUUGCGCAUGCCGUAGCCAAAGCGACCGGUCUGCGUGUUUGGGAUAUUAUCACUCUAGGCAAGUGGUUGUACAAUGCCGCGGUCAAGGAAGACUAUCGCUCGUAG